AGAUGCCUUUACAGAAAAAGGCGCAGUCUUUUGGCCAAGUCGUUUUACAAACCUCAACAUAUCCGAAAAAAGUUGCUAAUAUUACAAUACAAUAUUGCGGGUGCACAUGUAUUUGUUUAAUCAGCUAAUGGUAGAUAGUCAGUUUCUCCUUUAGCAAUUUAGCUAGCUAGCCAUCUAGCUGUGCUAGCCAAGCCUGUCAAUUCAGCGGAUGAACUUGGUAUUCUGUGUAGACGCCGACAUCAGACGUAGGGCCGUGUGAGGAAGCUGAGAAAAUAUAUUGGGAGUAUUCAACUAGCUAGCAGUACGUGUUGAAUUUAACGGCAGCAUAACAUUUUACCUGCGCAUUUGUUUAUGAAAUGUUCAGAACGUUAGCGUUCGGAUCUCAACCAAACAACAUGGAUCAGAAUGACAAAAGGAUUUGCACGAAUAAAACCCAUACAUUUACUGGUGACCAGUCACUUCACUGAGAGACCACGACACUUGAUUUCUGGACACGUACUUGCCGCCACAAUGAGAUAAUACAGCAGCAGAUAAUACAGCUGUGACAUUUGUCCACCCUGAGUUAAUUUCCACAAUCCAACAUGACCACACCAGCUCUACUGCCACUGUCGGGCCGCAGGAUACCCACCCUGUCACCCGGCGCUGCCUCUUUCCCACACCACAGGGCCACCCUGAGGCUCUCGGAGAAGUUUAUCCUGCUCCUCAUCCUCAGUGCCUUCAUCACUUUAUGCUUUGGAGCUUUCUUCUUCCUCCCGGACAACUCAAAACACAAGCGCUUCGACCUGGGCUUGGAGGACGUGCUGAUUCCGCACAUUGAGGCGCCCAAGGGAGCUAAGCAUCCUGGUGGACAGGUGGUCAUACAUGGACAGGGGGACCAUGAUGAACACAGACACAGGGAGGAGGCGGAGAGCCUGCGGGAUAAGAUCCGAGCAGACCACGAGCGGGCGUUGCAGGAAGCCAAGGAGAAGCUGAGGAAGUCCCGGGACGAGCUGCGGGCUGAGAUCCAGACUGAGAAGAGCAAGGUGCUGGAGGACCUGAAGAAGGAGGGGCCCAAGCCGUUACCACCGGUCCCCAUGCCCAAGGUGGUGGGGGUCAACGAUGGAGACCCCGGGGAGCCCGACAUCAAGGAGAAACGAGACAAGAUCAGAGAGAUGAUGAAGCAUGCGUGGGACAGCUACAGACAGUACGGAUGGGGACACAACGAGCUGAAACCUCUCGCCAAGAAAGGACAUUCCACCAAUAUCUUUGGUAAUUCCCAGAUGGGGGCCACCAUAGUAGACGCCUUAGACAGCCUGUACAUGAUGGGACUUCACGACGAGUUCAAGGACGGACAAGAGUGGAUAGAGCAGAACCUGGACUUCAGUGUGAACGCUGAGGUGUCUGUCUUCGAGGUCAACAUCCGCUUCAUUGGAGGACUGCUUGCCGCCUAUUACCUCUCAGGACAGGAGGUGUUUAAGGUGAAGGCGGUUCAGUUGGCUGAGAAGCUGCUCCCAGCCUUCAACACUCCCACAGGCAUCCCCUGGGCCAUGGUCAAUCUCAAGAGUGGUGUGGGUCGUAACUGGGGCUGGGCGUCAGCAGGCAGUAGUAUCCUAGCAGAGUUUGGAACCCUCCACAUGGAGUUUGUCCACCUCACUUACCUCACCGGGAACCCUGCAUACUAUCAGAAGGUGAUGCACAUACGGAAGCUGCUGGCCAAAAUGGACCGACCCAACGGGCUCUACCCAAACUAUCUGAACCCUCGUACCGGCCGCUGGGGCCAACACCACACAUCAGUUGGAGGUCUGGGGGACAGUUUCUAUGAGUACCUGCUGAAGGCCUGGCUCAUGUCAGACAAGACUGACACAGAGGCACGCAAGACCUACGACGACGCUAUCGAGGCCAUCGAGCGUCACCUGAUCCGUAAGUCCAACGGCGGCCUGACGUUCAUCGGAGAGUGGAAGAACGGCCACCUGGAGAGGAAGAUGGGUCACCUGACGUGCUUUGCCGGUGGAAUGUUCGCUCUGGGGGCCGACGGCUCGCCUGACGACAAGGCUGGACACUACCUACAGCUGGGAGCUGAGAUCGCACACACCUGCCACGAGUCCUACGACCGCACCGUGUUGAAGCUGGGUCCAGAGGCCUUUAAGUUUGACAGUGGUCUGGAGGCAGUGGCAGUACGUCAGAAUGAGAAGUACUACAUCCUGAGGCCAGAGGUCAUCGAGACCUACUGGUACAUGUGGAGGUUCACCCACGACCCCAAGUACAGGCAGUGGGGCUGGGAAGCAGCACAGGCCAUUGAUAAGUACUGCAGGGUCAGCGGUGGAUUUUCUGGGGUCAAGGACGUCUACUCGUCCAACCCAACCUACGACGAUGUCCAGCAGAGCUUCUUCCUGGCCGAGACGCUCAAGUAUCUGUACCUGUUGUUCUCCAGUGAUGACCUGAUGCCUUUGGAGAGCUGGGUGUUCAACACGGAGGCCCACCCCCUGCCGGUACUGCACCUGGCCAACCUCACCCUCCCAGGGAGCCAGGCCCAGCGGUAGAGACCAGUGGCCCUGCCUGCCUCCAUCUCUUUCUCUCACUGCUACAGACUGCAGAAGGAGAGCGCUCAGACCACUGCAGAGUGGAGGUCACUGAAACAAUAGCCUUUCUCGCUCGCUCUCCUUUCAUUCUCUGGCUCGUACUCUUUCUAUAGCUCUCUCUGCUUUUCGUCAGGAUGGAGGGUGCGUUCGACUUUUGUGAUUGGCUGGGAAGUCCUCCUAUUCGUCGUUACUUUUUUGUUGAAACACAGAGCCACAAUCAGGAAGCUUGAUUUGUUUUGGCCAAACUGUCUCUUAAUGGACGCACACAGGAGCAAGACAGUGUCAGAACAAACAGACAGAUGGACCUUCCUCUGAAGGGAUGUGUAUGUUUCAGACAGACCGACAGACUGACAGUCAAACCGAAGACUAUGGGAUCUAUGGGGUUUGUUUUCUUUUGUCAUUUUGUGUCCUGGAUGCUGAUUGGCGGGGACACGACAGACUGCGACCGUCCUAGUCCUUCUGCCAUUUCCUGUCUUACUCUGAACUUUGACCUGGAACUGUCUGUGUCACUUUGUGGAUGGGAGCAACGGCUUCAUGCCUACCCUCCUGGAACCUUUGAAAAGUGGACCGGGGAUAUGGAACUAUUUUCAAUAGCAUUCUCUAUGCUACAUUCUGCCGUUUCUGUAUACUUUCUGCUCUUUCUGUCACACACACACUCUCUCUCUCCCUCUGUAUCGCCCUCUCCUUCCAUCCCUUAUGAUUAGCAGGUGACGUAGCUUAGCCUGGCCUCAUGUUGUUGCUGCUAUUCAACCGAUGCUGCAUCUCUACCUCGUCUUACCACACCAUUCCAACUCCCUCCAUCUUCUUUUUCUUGUCAUUCUUCACUUCUCCAAUCACGCCUUUCUAGCCUGGUAAACUUCCGUUCCUGUCUUUUCCAUAAAUCACUACCACUCCACAGGCAGAUUGGGACAAGGCUUGUUUUGGUAGUGUUUUCUGUCUGCUGAUUAAAUGGCCCCUAUAGAUAAAUUGUUAUGCACUUUGUUGUUUGUAUUACUAAGAGGGAAAAGAGUUACACCACUGUCGGAGCUGAAGACACAAAGCCCUCCAUUUAUAAUCCCUGUGUCUUUAACAUGGACCCAUAGUGUUGCACUGCCACUGAUGGGUUGGGCCUGGAGUUGUUACUCUUCAGGAACAACUCCUCACCCUGCUGAUAGGAUUCUACCCAAACUGUUUCUUCUUCUUAUCCUAAUCACCACUCACAAAUUAGGACUUGGCCUCAGUCACCUGUGCAAUGAGUGUAUGUUGAAUGUUAUGCCAUUCAUUCUCUAUGGACUUGUGUGUUCUAAAUGGAUCUAUUGUGUUUUGUGUGAAUGUGGUUUCUGCAACAGCAGAUGGAACGCAAGGAAGUCUGCUGCGUUCAGUUAUGAAUCUGUGAUUGGUGUGUGGAUGUGGAGGGGAAUGGUUUAGGGGGCUGAAGGUAACACUAGGAAAUAGAAGGGUACCCUGAAAGAAAGAAAAACAUUUUUGUUGGACCUUUACAUUUAUUUAAAGCCUUAUCAAGUGUUACUAUGUGAUGCCUUUCACCAAUACUGUGCUUUUUCAAUAUCAUUUUUUUUACAAAAAGUUGUUCAUACACUAGUUCCUUUUCUAUAAAGCCACCCUGCUGUCCCUCUAGCAGAGCCACCCUGCUGUCCCUCUAGCAGAGCCACCCUGCUGUCCCUCUAGCAGAGCCACCCUGCUGUCCCUCUAGCAGAGACACCCUGCUGUCCCUCUAGCAGAGACACCCUGCUGUCCCUCUAGCAGAGACACCCUGCUGUCCCUCUAGCAGAGACACCCUGCUGUCCCUCUAGCAGAGACACGAUGAUGAUGGGCUGAUUACAGAACCACUCACCUUGCCAAUCAAUAAAGCCAUACAAUGUGUGUCUCUGUUUAGCUAAUUGGUUGGUUUCUGUCACUCAUUUCUCAUGUGUUAACUGAGUACCACCUGUCCCACCAUCUCACCAUUCCUUUUUCCUCUGCCUCUUUUUACUCUGUCACACCCUUUCUACUCCUUCAUAUCCCUAGAAUUUUCUAUUUGUCUCUUUCUCCCCAGCUUAUCCCUCCCCCUGUCCCCAGCUCAGUGUCUCCGUCUCGUGGUGGAGGCAGUAGCAGCAGCCUACUGGUGUAGAACGUUAUGAAGUAUAUGUAUCACUGUUCGCCCCCCUGCCCCCACCUUACUCUCUGACAUUACUGCUUUCUGUCUGGGGAGGAAGCCCAGGCCUUUGGCGCUGUCAGUCGCCGUGAGGAUGUUAAUUUUGAAGGAAAAAAAGGGUUCUGUAUUUGUAUUUUUACUGAACAAAUAAAGACAUGUAAAUAUGUUUAAAUGAGACACAAAUUCAAUAAAGAUGUUCUGAAAAGUGAACAGAAUAACUAAAA